AUGCCUGUCUGUAUCAGUGUGAGAAUAUGGAGGAUGGUGAAGAGGGGGAUUUCAGCAGAGGGCUGAAAUAUGACACAUCGCUUGACAAUGACCUCGUGCUGACCCUUGAUCCUGACAACCCCACGUCACCAUGGAAACACCUGGAAGACAACCUGCUCUCAGGUGACUUGCCUGUAAUAAAAGAUGAGAUGACGAUAACUCAGCCGCUCCCUGUGGACAUGUUGUUCCAGGUGAAGGCUGAACCUCCAUCUCCGUCUUCCUCUCCAGCGUCAGACUGCUCCAUACCGUCCUUACCUGAGCCUCAGGUAUUAGUUAAAGGGGAGAACCCCCCCACUCCUCCUUAUAUGUAUGGUGAUGUUCUGUCCCCCCCUGUGGCCACUAUGGAGGUUACCGUGGCAACCACAGCCCCACCCCAGCCUCAGACGCCACUUCCUGCCCCCACAGUGAUCUCCACUGCUGCCACUCUGAAGGCGAGCUCUAUUCUGAGCAGUAAGCCUCUACUGCAGCCCAGGCCGGUCUGUGUGGCCGCUGUUCCGGUUCCUCAGUCGUCCAGUCCGGCUAAAACUCUGAUCCUGCAGAGCCUGCCGGUGUCCGUCCCCACCAUUGACCAGAGCAGGACCCCCGUGGUUCUGUCUCAGUCGAUGUGUUUGGGUUCUGCUCCUGCCAUCGUUAAAAUGGAGCCCGUAUCCCCCAGCAUGCCCCACUGCAGCAGCCCCACGGCCCCGCCCACCACCACCAAGCCCAUCAUCCCAGCAUCCUCUCUGCCUGGCAGCAACUGCAGCGACAUCGAUAUGAAGGUGCUGAAGCGGCAGCAGCGAAUGAUAAAGAACAGAGAGUCGGCCUGUCAGAGCCGGAAGAAGAAGAAGGAAUAUCUGCAGAACCUGGAGUCUCAGCUCCGCGAGGCCCAGCAGGAGAACGAGCGGCUACGCAGAGAGAACCAGCAGCUACGGCUGAGACUGGCUGGAAAAGAGGGUGGUGAAACCGGUAACAAUAAGAGAGCGGUCUGUGUGAUGGUGGUCCUGCUUUUCAUCACCUUCAGCUUCGCUCCAGUCAGCAUCACAGACAAGAAGCUGGCGUCCGUGCUGGAGGAAGGGGCGGAGCAUCACACAGGGAGACACCUGAUGGUGUACGAGAAGGAUCAGGAGCUGGGCAAGGCGGCGGCGAGCGACAGAGUGGUGGAGGAGAGGAUAGAGAGCGAGGAGGACGGAGGGGAGGAGAGGUGGAGGAGAGGAGAGAUGGAGAGAGACAGCGCAGACUCGUUUCACUUCAGGAAUGUGAGCAGUGUGUUCAGUGAGGUGAAGGAUCUGGUCCUGCAGGACAUCGACCGGCUCUUCUCCUCCUCUGACUGCAGACAGUUCAACCGCUCCGAGUCACUCAGGCUUGCUGAUGAGCUGCGCGGUUGGGUUCAUCGUCAUCAGAUUGACAGGAAGAAGUCUGGUGGGAAAGCGAAAGUCGCGCAGAAGGCUAAAAUAGCUCAGCAGAAAGCCCAGCACAGAAAGACUAACUUCUCCAGGUAUCUCCCCAUCGAGGCUCAUCGCUCCAUUGAGAGUCAGCUGCAGCUGCUGCCCGGUCCGGAGGUGAGCUACAGCGAUUUUCUGGACGCGAUUGACCGGAGGGAGGACACGUUUUACGUUGUGUCUUUCAGACGGGAUCACCUGCUUCUUCCUGCUAUAAGCCACAAUAAAACCACACGACCCAAGAUGUCUCUUGUCAUGCCAGCGAUGACCGUCAAUGAGUCGGUGUAUAACUCCUCUCAGGGGGGUUAUGAGCUGAUGAUGCAGGUUGACUGUGAAGUGAUGGACACCAGGAUCAUCCCCAUUAAAUCCUCAGCAGUCCCGCCCUCUCUCAGAGACCCACCCCCGGCCCCGCCUCCUCACCACCAUCACCACAGCAACCACACCCGGCAGCACCAUGGCAAUGGGGCAGCGUCGUCACGGCAACCAAUACACAGGAGGGGUGCGGAGUAUCAGAUCAGCCAAUCAGGAUCAGUCUGAGAGG